CGGAGCCCUCGCGGGCGGCCGACCCCGCGCCCCGCCUCAGCGCCUGGAGGACAUGUGGGAGGGAGAAUGAGCCAGAGGGACACGCUGGUGCAUCUGUUUGCCGGGGGAUGUGGCGGUACAGUAGGAGCUAUUCUGACAUGCCCACUGGAAGUUGUGAAGACAUGGCUGCAGUCAUCCUCCGUGACUCUGUAUAUCUCUGAAGUUCAGCUGAACACCAUGGCAGGAGCCAGUGUCAACAGAAUAGUGUCUCCUGGACCUCUCCAUUGCCUGAAAAUGAUCUUGGAAAAAGAAGGGCCUGUUCGUUCCUUGUUUAGAGGAUUAGGCCCCAAUGUAGUGGGGGUGGCCCCUUCCAGAGCAAUAUACUUUGCUGCUUAUUCAAACUGCAAGGAAAAGCUGAAUGGUGUAUUUGAUCCCGAUUCUACCCAGGUACACAUGAUUUCAGCUGCAAUGGCAGGUUUUACUGUAGUCACAGCCACCAACCCCAUUUGGUUUACAAAGACUCGGUUACAACUUGAUGCAAGGAACCGUGGGGAAAAGCAAAUGGCUGCUGGGGAAUGUGUCCGCAGAGUGUUCCAGGCAGAUGGACCUAGAGGCUUUUAUAGGGGCAUGUCCGCCUCUUAUGCCGGCAUAUCUGAGACUGUUAUCCAUUUUGUUAUUUAUGAAAGUAUAAAGCAAAAACUACUGGAAUAUAAGACUGCUUCUCUGAUGGAAAAUGAUGAAGAGUCUGUUAAAGAAGCAUCAGAUUUCUUGGGCAUGAUGCUAGCUGCUGCCACCUCAAAGACUUGUGCCACUACGAUAGUAUAUCCGCAUGAAGUUUUAAGAACAAGACUACGUGAAGAGGGAACAAAAUAUAGAUCUUUUUUCCAGACACUGUCUUUGGUGGUUCAAGAAGAAGGUUACGGGUCUCUCUACCGUGGUCUAACAACUCACCUGGUGAGGCAGAUUCCAAACACAGCCAUCAUGAUGGCCACCUAUGAGCUGGUGGUCUACCUGCUCAGUGGGUAG